ACGGUUGGUGGAACGAGCUCGUUGCUACCGGUGUAUUUGCCGUUAUGGAUGAUCGGGGCAAUGCCAGCUGUCGCUGUCCGCCACGAGCGUCGGAGACAGGAGAAAAGGCUGAAACGUCCGAGCCAGCUCUACCUCGGUGGCCAAUGGAUGCCUCCACCUCAGGGCUCACCACCAACCCCCAGUCCACACGGUCACAACAGCCAUCUCGAUCCCAUGCCCGAGCUCUAUCUCUGUGGCAAAAUAUCCGGACUGCAUGCUGUGGUGGUUUGUUUGCUGCUGGGAGCGGUCGUCCUCGUGGUUGGAUUGGUCCAGUUAGCUCCAGGAGCAACGACCACCGACCACAGGCUCGCGUUACUCAUAGCUGGCGCUACCCUACUUUUAUUGGGAAUAAUAUUGGCAGGGGUGAGGUGUUACGUGUUGCAUUGCAUGCCAUUGCCAGCUGAUUCACCGGUAGCAACACCGUUGCCACCUCCAGCGACGGAUCAGCCUCCGGUUCCUCGUGGAACUCUCGAUCUUUUGGUUGGUCAUCAAAAUCAACCGGAGACUGACGCAUUGAUGCAAACCGAGCAUCAGCAGCAGCCGCAUCAUCAUCACCACAAUCAUCAUCACAACCAUCAUCAUGGUAACCACAAAAAGAAGCGUAGUUCGCAAGGCUCCCACUCCGAAGAAGCCUAACUUCCAAUAUUAAAUAAAUUCUUAUAUAAAUAAAGUAAACCAAAAAUACUAUGAAUAAUGAUAAUAAAAUAAAUGCAAGCUCUUCUAUAACGACGCGAUAUUAAAUUUUCAAUUUUCCAUUCGUAUGAGAGCGAUGAACAAUAAGAAAUAUUGAAUCGCUCGUUGAAAAAAAAAAGAAAAAAGAAAAAAAAACGCUCAAUCGUCACGUUCCGUGCGAUUGAGCUCAAGUUUUCAGGGCCCAUUAAAAAUAUGGUGUUAUAAAAAUGCUCGUGAGAUUAGACGAAUUGGGAGAUAAAUGGAGAAAUGAAAAAAGAAUGAAACUGAAUAGCUGAGGGAGUUUAAUGGGGUGGAAACUGUUCUAGAAUGGCGAGAAAUAUCCCGCCAACCCGUACACACAUUGUACUCGAUCCUUUUAUCUUUUAUAACUUUCUAUAUAUCUGGAAACUAAAUAAAUAUAUAUGGAUGUUAAAGUAUUAAUACAUCGUACUGUGUAUAUCGUAAUCGCGUGCACAUAAUAUUCUCAUGAUCUAACGUACUGUGAUCUGAGCCACAGAUGAUCUUUUUCUUGUGUUAACGAUUUUUUAAUCCAUCGUUCGUUCACGAUUUUUCGAAAUGAUAAGAACAAACGCCUUGCACAAAAACAAAAAUAAUGAAAUCUGCAAGUCUGAAUACGUUUUUUCUUUCUUUUAUAUACUGCCGAGAUAAACAAACAAAUGAUAUGAAUAAUUCUUACACGAUUUACCAAGAUUAACAUCCCGGCAACUUACACCUUAUACACUAAUAUAUAUAUAUAUAUGCGUACGAAAAAACAAAAAGUAACUCACCUAUCAAGAAUAAUCCAUUAACACCGAUUUUAUCAGCACUCGCACUUUCGCCCUGUGGAUUUGUAUGUUUGACAGAAUAAUCGCUCUACUCUUUCUUUUCUCUAUUCCUAAAUAUUCUUUCCAUUAAAGAGACUCCACUCUAGAAUCAUCUCUCGUCUUGAAAAUGUCAAAUCUUUAUUUCUGAUACGAUCUGAAAUAUCACUACUUUAAAUAUUAUAACAAAAUGGUUUGAUUUUUUUCAUUGAUAUUUCGAAUAUUUUGUAUUUUGAGAACUUCCAUUGUGCUGUGGGUAGUUUGGAAGUUUAUAACGAUUCAGGGUCAAUGUACUUUUUUAUUUCUACUCGAAAACUUAACAUUCAAUAAUAACUCUUUCCCGAAAUAUGCUCUGUUCGAUAGCUGUUCAUUUAUAAGUAUUGAUUAUUGGUUAUAUUACUUCCCAAAGUCCAGAGAUGAUCGAUAGCAAGUUUACUGUACUUUUAGUUACCUUUACUUUCAGUAAUAUUUAGUUCAAAGCACGGAGAGAGAGAGAGACGUCGAACAAACGCAGUUUUCAAAUGAAAUAAUGAGACCAAUUGAUAAAAAAAAAAAAACCCUCUGAUUUCAUAAAUUUCGACAGACACGUCAACCCGAAUAUUCGUUGUAUAAAAAUACGACAGAAAAAUAUGUAUAAAAACAGAGACAGAAGAAUUUUUCGAAUAGUAGUUUCAUCAGUGGAAAAAUACUUCGAGUUCUUGCUCUUUGUUCCACUUUGGAUCUCGGCUAAUCAUUUUACCUGCAAGUUUGUCUAGGAAGGCAAAAUUUUAUAGAAUUUAGUUUGUUUCACACGGUAGCGAUAUUCCAGCGUAUGCAUAUUUCAAAUUAGUAUGCAUACGAUUCGAAAGGGGACAGGACUGAAUAUUUUCAGAAGCAGAAAAGUUGGUAACGAAAUUUUAAGGUCGAAUAGAGAAAGAAGGAUUCAUUUAAGAGUGGAGCCGUUAUGCUGUCACAUACUUUAUUCCUCGAUUUACAUAUGCAGGAAAAUAAAUUCGCAUUCGUGAGCAAACGAUAUGAGAUAAGGCGGAACAAAUAUUGAAUGCAAUUGAAAGUUCACGAAUACGGACUGAUGAAAGUAAUAGCGAACACCCUCUUCUCGUGUCGUUAGAAUUCCAGUAAAUUGUUUGAAAGUCCGAAAACCCUCAUAUUCGAAUAUACAAGAAUGUGGCAGGGCUCGUGCUAAUUUUUUUAAAUACUUGCCGUCGAGUCACUGCCGCAGCUCACCCUCUCUCUAACAGUCGAUCGUUCAAGAAUAUUUUUCACUGUACCAGCUCUUCAUUAAAUUCGGGGAUCCGGAAAAUCAAUAAAAUUUCCAUGUUUUCAAAUCCAAUAGUGCAUGGUUUGAAAAAAAAAUGAUUCGUAAGAUUAGCAGAAUUUCAGGAACAAUUGCUGGUCGACUGACUGAAUCUAACAUUUGAAAUUCCAUUUUUUGAACCUUUUACAUCAGCACUUUGUACAAAUAUUUUCAAAUACUCCGGCGAACUGUUAAUAUCGUAUAAUAUUCGUACGAAACAGAAAAAAAUGAAAGUACCUUUAUAAGCCUGAAAAUUCGUUCCUUUCACCUACGUAUUUUUGGAACUAGACAACAGUUCAAUGAACAUUGAUGCCGAAAACUCCGCCAAUUCACCCAAUCGACCAGAGUUCGUGAAAUUAAUUAAUCUUCAAAUGAUUUACAAGAGAUAUACAAUGAAUGAAAAAUUUUAAUGAAAAAAUAAAAUUGAACUUUCGAAUAAUGCAAAAUCAGACUUGUAUUAUUAGAGGGUCUUCGCUAUUGCAUUUUUUCAACCCCUAUACGUUUUCCGAGCAUUUUAAAAUAUUUCACUGACGCAUCGUCGUGCGUCACUAUAUGUGUCUUUCGAGUUACGUAUUAAAACGAUCUAUUUACACGAAAAAAAAUAUAUAUAUAUAUAUAUAUACACAUAAGAUAUAUACAUAAAAGUAAUAUUUACACUGUAAGCAAGAAAAAUUAAAAAGAAAAAAAAUCAUAUAAAGAAAAAUAAAAAGAAAAUGUUUUACGCCCGCGUGUCGAGGAAACCAAAAGAAGAAUCGUCAUCCAUUCAGAACUUUGAAACGUUUAAGUCGAACCAAAAGAAUAAUUAAGAGUCAGAAAUGCAGGCACAAAACACGUUCGACUACCGGUUGGGGUCCACUUAAAAUUACAAACUACAAAAAAAUAAAAUAACACAGAAAGAGUUCCCAAAUGGAAAAAGAAAAUCACACAAACGAGCGUCUAUAUAAGCAAUUAAGCUAUUUUACAAAGCGAUACGUACAGGGUGGUCAAAGAAUAUAUUCGGGCGAUCCAGACCACACCCGAUUUUUGUUUGGCCACUCUCCGUACAGUGAUAUAUAAAUAUAUACAUGGAACUAGAGAUAUAAAUGAAUAUAUAUGAAUAUCUAUAUAUAUAAAAUACACUGUACGUAAAAGUAUAUUGAACUAUAUUGAUAUACAUACAAACUAUCUAUAACGAUUCAAAAAAAUGUUUGAAUAGUAACGAGUCUUAGGUUUUAAGUUCUAAAAAAAAGUCUUCGCGUUGCUGAAAUAGCGCGCAUAAUAUUAAGCACUGAUCGACGCUUGAAUAUCAAACAGAAAAAAGUAUGAAAACCAAAAAAAAAUAACUUCGAUGUGUAAAAAUUAUUCAAGCUCGCCACCGCCACUGGGCAGGGUUUUUGUACCGUUGUUCUCUUGAUUUGAUUUUUAUGGAAGGAAAAAACGAGCUCGAAAUCGAGAAGCCUGGAAUUGCCACUUGAAUCUUGUCGUAUUAUCACUCUCCUUAUUGUAGGAUCGAAUUAUUUAAAAUGGAAUGAAGAAAUUGAUGAAUAACAUUAUUAAUGAUGAUAAUAAUAUUAACAAUAAUGCUCAGUAUUCGCAUACGUCCUUGUCUCACGAGAAAGAGUACAUUAUUUUUGUGCUUAUGAAAUGGUAAAUGAAAACGAAAUAUGUACUCUUAUUCGUCGAGGCCCGAGCAUAAACGUGGCCUCUGUCUUUCAACAAAAAAAAAAUGCAAAACCGAUCGCUUUAUAAUAAAAUUAAAAGCACCAAUUGCCAUUUGUGAAUAUACCCUUUACCUCCGAAAUGUAAUCGAUUUACUAAUUAUAACUGUAUGUGUAUAAAAAUAUAAUAUUCGUCGAUGCAGAAAUGUACAGGGACCCGAGGAAUUAAAAAAAAAAAAAAAACAAAAACAAAAAUACCUUAAAGUUGCUUGACCUAUACGUCCAGAGACAAAACCAAAAUCUCCGAUCUUAAGUGCUCACGAAUUACCUGAAAACUUACUUCCAAUGUUUGUAAUUACGGAAAACGAUUUAGUUGUUUGUUCGAAAAUGCAACCGCAGUUAUUGACAAAUAUUGUAUUGAUCGUUUGAUACGAAUUUUUCAAAUUUAAAACGACGCUUUUUUAUAAAUAUAUAUUUUUCUUAUAACAGUACGAAAAGUCUCUCAACUUUUUAAAUCUCGGAAUAUUCGCAAUCCAUUUAUGCGCAUUAGGUUACAUAAUUACAAAAAUCUAUCAAAUCGAACAAGCCCUGUACAAAAAAACAACAACUGAUACGUAUUUCGCCAGGAAUAAAAAAGAAAGGAAACGAAAUUCCAUAAAUAUCUGUAAACGUAGCGAUUAUUGGAGUCGAUUUAAAUAAUACUCAUACGAUACUAAAUAGUAAGGUGAUUGAAUUAAGUGUGUUCGUCCUGGGGAUUAGUUUGUCUUGUAGCAUCUAAAAGUUUUAUUUUUUAUAUGUGUAACCAUAACGCACACACCAUUAUUCGCGCGAUACGCUUUUGUGCGACUCAUUCAAGCCACGAAAUUGAUGAAGUCUUACCAUUUCAAUAAAAGGUCGAGAAAAUAAAAUUUAAAAAAAGAAAAAUUUUAUCCGACUACUGUAGUUCAAUUUUGAAGAGUGUCAGAGCGCAAUUUGUUUUGUUCAAUACUUAUUUGCGAAUUGUCUUUUCGAAUUCUCGAGUACUUCGAAAAUCAUGGGAAAUAUGCGUGCAAAAAUCACACUUGCAAUAGUCUUUUAUUUAUUUUUUUUCGAAUGUAAAACUGUAAAGCAUGUUUGCUGAAAAUUCUAUUACGCGAUCGGUGCGUCUUGAACAGACGUCCGAGAAUGUCCAUUUCCACCUGAACGAUGAAUAUUUUCAUAAGAGAAGAUAAUUUUAGCUCCGUUAUACGCAAAAAAUAAUGCUCGCUAUUUCAAGAAAAGUCGCAAGGGAUUUAAACGUUUCUGCUGAAAAAACUUGUGAACAUCGUUUGAAAGAAAUUUACGAACUGUUUAGUUCAUUUAAAAAAUGUAUGAAACUUACGAAAUUUAUGAACUGUUUAAUUCAUAAAUGAAAAACUGUGAGAAAUUGAAAUAUCGGUUCCUAAAAAUUUUUUUAAAUCAAAACUCUGCUCGAACUUCUUACGCUUUGUCACCGUUUUCCUUGAUGUACUACGAUCUCGAUACGUACGACGCUUUCGCUUGUUUCCAGCCAUAGAUUGCGCUACAACAAUCUAAAAAACGACACCGUUGAACGACAUAAAUUUGAAAAUCUUCCAACUUCUCUACAAAAACAACAGAGUUCCAUCAUCAAAAAACCACCCAAGAAUACAGAUAAAAAAAUGAGAGAGCGCGAAUAUGAUUUCACGUAUGGAAAUGAUUUCCAACGCGUUAUUAAGCCAACGUCCGAUCUGAUAUUUUUUUAUACAACAUCUGAAUGAUGAAUUUAUUGCACGACGCACAGAUAAUUUGAAUUUUUCAUAUUUGAUCGGUAUCCCGAAUGAGGAAUGACAAAAUGAGGAUGAACUAUUCGAGAGGACGAUUUAAUUGUGUACGGGAAUUGUGCAACUACCGCUUAGCGAAACGAGGGUGUAAGAUGUGUAAGAAGAUUAUUGUAAUCCAUGUAUGUGAUUAAACCUUAUAUGAAAUCAGAGAAAAAAAAAGAACAAAACUAAAUGAAAGAACUCUAACGCUAUUGUAACUUUCAGAGUUUAAUAAAAACGUUUUCACUAACAGAA